UCUCCCAGCAGCUGCUUCUCAAGCCCUGAGGAUUUCACUGAGCCAAUUUAAUGCUGGUGGUCAGACAGUUUAAACCCAUUAGCUCCCAGCUAUCUGAAUAAUUUUCUCCUGGGAUCCCAGCACACAGGCAGACUGCUCUAACCAGAACUGCAGAGCACUGCCACGGGACCUGGACUUUGCUGACUGCUGUGGCCUGCGUGGUGAGCACUCAGGGGCUGAACAAAAUGCCACUGGCGAGAUCCCUGUCCAUGACAUCUCUGAAUGGGCUUCUUCAGUGUGAGGAUGAAGACCUGCCCGUGGAGGAUUUGUUGCUCUUUGAAAUUUCUUGGGAGGUUACCAACAAAGUGGGAGGCAUUUACACUGUGAUCCAGACAAAAGCCAAAACUACAGCAGAUGAAUGGGGUGAAAACUAUUUCCUGAUUGGCCCCUAUUUUGAGCAGAAUGUGAAGACUCAGGUGGAAUUCACUGAACCUCCAAACCCUGCAGUUAAGAAGGCAAUGGACACCAUGAAAAGCCAAGGGUGUCAGGUCUUUUUUGGAAGAUGGCUGAUAGAGGGCAGCCCUUAUGUCUUACUGUUUGAUAUAGGAUCAGCAGCUUGGAACCUGGACAAGUGGAAAGGUGAAUUUUGGGAAGUCAGCAACAUAGGGAUCCCUUUUCAUGACCGAGAAGCCAAUGAUGCUGUGAUUUUUGGAUCAUUAACAGCCUGGUUUUUGAAAGAGCUUUCCUGUCAGUUUGAUGACAAGCCCAAUAUAAUUGCCCACUUCCACGAGUGGCAGGCAGGAGUGGGUUUAAUCCUGUCUCGAUCACAGAAACUUCCCGUCGCCACAAUUUUUACUACCCAUGCAACUCUGCUUGGCAGAUACUUGUGUGCAGCCAAUAUUGACUUUUACAACAAUCUGGACCAAUUUGACAUUGACAAGGAGGCUGGAGAGAGGCAGAUUUACCAUCGGUACUGUAUGGAAAGGGCAUCUGUGCAUUGUGCCCAUGUGUUCACCACAGUCUCCCAGAUCACAGCUACAGAAGCAGAACAUAUGCUUAAAAAAAGCCCUGAUGUUGUCACCCCAAAUGGCUUGAACAUUAAGAAAUUUUCAGCAAUGCAUGAGUUUCAGAAUUUGCAUUCCAUGUACAAGGCUAGGAUCCAAGAGUUCAUUCGAGGUCAUUUCUAUGGCCACCUUGACUUCGAUCUUGACAAGACCUUGUUUUUCUUCAUUGCUGGGAGAUAUGAGUUUUCCAACAAAGGAGCUGAUAUGUUUCUAGAAGCCUUAUCAAGAUUAAACUUUUUGCUGAGGGUUCACAAGGCUGAUGUUACAGUUAUCGUGUUCUUCAUCAUGCCAGCAAAAACCAACAAUUUCAAUGUGGAAACCUUGAAAGGACAAGCAGUCCGGAAGCAGCUCUGGGACACUGCACAGUCUGUGAAAGAAAAGUUUGGAAGGAAACUCUACAAUGCCUUGCUGAAAGGAGAAAUCCCAGACCUGAACAAGAUUCUUGACCGAGAUGACAUAAGCAUUAUGAAAAGAGCCAUCUUUUCAACUCAGAGACACUCUCUGCCUCCAGUGACCACCCACAACAUGAUUGAUGACAGCAAUGACCCAAUCCUCAACACCAUCCGGCGCAUUGGGCUGUUCAACAACCGCACAGACCGCGUGAAGGUGAUCCUACAUCCAGAGUUUCUUUCUUCAACAAGCCCCUUGCUGCCCUUGGACUAUGAGGAGUUUGUUAGAGGCUGCCACCUUGGUGUAUUCCCAUCAUACUAUGAACCCUGGGGCUACACUCCAGCUGAGUGUACUGUGAUGGGCAUUCCCAGUGUAACCACAAACCUCUCUGGAUUUGGCUGUUUCAUGCAGGAACAUGUUGCUGACCCAGAAGCUUAUGGGAUCUACAUCGUGGACAGGAGGUUCCGCUCGCCGGACGAGUCAUGCAACCAGCUGACCCAGUUCCUGUACGGGUUCUGCCAGCAGAACCGGCGCCAGAGGAUCAUCCAGAGGAACCGCACCGAGCGCCUCUCCGACCUCCUGGACUGGAAGUACCUGGGCAGGUAUUACAUGCAUGCCAGACACUUGGCCCUCAGCAGAACAUUCCCAGAUAAAUUUGAGAUGGAACCAAGUGUUCCACCAAAGACGGAGGGUUUCAGGUUCCCCAGGCCUUCAUCAGUGCCGCCAUCGCCAUCUGUCUCCCAGCAUUCCAGCCCUCACCACAGCGAGGCCGAGGACGAAGAUGAGGAUGAGAGAUACGACGAGGAUGAGGAAGCUGAAAGGGAUAGGCAGAACAUCAAGUCCCCCUUUUCCCUUGGAGCCUUGCCACAAGGAAAGAAGAAGCAGCAUGGAGAAUACAGGAACUGAACUGGUUGCUCUCCCCAUCCACCCAACAGUUUCUCCUGUAGGCUUGGCAAGCUUUGUGUUAAGGACAGUGUGAUGUAAUUAGGGGAACCUUAAAUGUGCCCCUUUGAGGUAGAAGAGAUUUUUCAGGCUUAAUAAAACUAGAGGAUGAGACAAUACCCUCAGGAGCUUAUACAAACUGCAAAUCAUACCUUUGUCUGUGGAAUCAACUGUAUUAAUCAUAGUCUAGACAAAUAGCUACAUUUUGGGUAUCCCAAAGGAAUUUCUGCUUCAUUUAUGUUUCCCCUUUUCCCCUCCUAAACUAACAUGAACUUUAAACCAGAGCUCAAAAAACUAGAGGGAAUAAAAGAGUGUUUCACUGGAGAAAUAUUGGAAGAGUUUAAAAAGAUACACUGAAAAGAAAAUGGUCUUUCUUUUUCCUGAUGCUGUUUAUUGUAAGCUUACAUAACAUUUUUUUUACAGCAAACAGAAGUGUCUUAAUCCAGUGGUAAAACAUACUUCCUGUGGAACAAUAUAAUGUCUUAUGCAGUGGGCAUUUGAAUUUUAGAGACAAAUGAAGUCAUCUUUCUGAUGUCAUUUAGACCCACAAU